CUUUUGUGGAUGAAAUCGUAUUGUUUACAAAGAAAAAGGCACCACUCAUUGGAGUGAAAAAGUGGAAAGAUAUAGAGCUCAAUGUUAGAUCUUCUAUAGCCUCUGACGUACUGCGAAGGUGGGAGUUUCUAACCAAUGAGGACGCGCAUGAAAAGAUCUGGUCUAUUGCUAAGGAGAGAUACAAAGGAUGGCGAUCAACGUUAAGCUCAACAUACAAGGCAUACAAUAGUUAUGCUGAAAGGAUGAAAAACAAGCCUGAAGAUGUAGACAUCGUCGAGUGGCAUUACAUGGUGUUGUAUUUUGGAUCUGAGAAAUUCCAGAAAAUAAGCAGCCGGAACUCGGAAAACCGUCAGAAACAAAGAACGAAGCAUAUAAUGGGUUCUAGAACUUUUUCCCAAAUAAGCUUUCAACAGAGAGAUCCAGAAACUGGUAUAGAACCAACCGAUCUAUCCCUUUGGAUGAUUACUCAUUGUAAAAAUGAUGAAUGGUCGGAAGAGGCUUCACGUGGCAUUUAUGAGAACGCAGCUGAGAAAAUUGCUGAGAAAAUAUAUCAAACAGAAAAAUUUUAUCUAACAAGAGAAGAGGAAAAUGCUAUUUUCCAAACAACAUUCAAGGAAACAACAGGAUGUAAGGCAAACAGACUUCAUGGUCAUGGGUACCUAUCAAGAUAUCCAACAAGAAGUCAAGUGAUGGAAUCAAAGUUCCUCGAACAAGCUCGUGCCACGGUUGCAACCAACCAAAAAAACAUUGAACUCGAAAGUCAGGUCCAGUUGUUAAAUGAAAAACUUGCGUGUGAGGUUGCAGAACGAGAAAGAAUACUCCAGGAAAAAAUGCAAGCACUGCAAGAAGAAGAAGAAAAAAAAAGACAAGUGCUUAGAGAAGAAAUGAGGCAAGAAAUGGUUGCUGCCCUUGCUGUUGUAGCACAAUAG